ACCAUUUCUGAAUUGAAACAGUAAUUGAGAACAAAACAGACCCCAAAGAAAGAGAAAUCAGUCUGAACCCUAAACCUAAAACCCUUCAAAGCGUGAAGCACAUUUUUGGAACAUUGCUGUGUGUAGAAAGAAGACUGAGAUAAUUUGAAGUUCAAAGAAUCAUUCACCACUAUCAGAAAUGGCUUCUGUUGACAAUAGAAAGAAAUCAGUGGUUUUGGCUCUGUCCAAGCAUCUUUCAUUGGAUCCUGUAAGUAGUGUUAUUCCAGCUGAUAGUUUAGACGGCGAUAUUAAGACUCUUUACUUAAACAUUACUGCUGCAUCUGGACAAGAGGUCAAUCAUUCUGAUGAGGUGUUGAAGUGGGUUGAGUUUGCAGAAUCCUUGCCUGUGGCCCUCGAUGCAUGCUUUGAGAGUCUCAAAAGAUUAAAUGAUGAACUUUCUGGAAAGUCUGUGCUCCUUGGGAAUGGAUUGAAACCCUCUGAAGCUGAUGUUAUAGUGUUUUCAGUGAUUCAUUCUUCCCUGAUCAGCCUCCCAGACACAAACAAGGAAAAUUUGCCACAUGUAUUCAGAUGGAUCGACUACAUCCAGCACAAACAGGCAUUUGUAGGCUUAUUUGAGGAAAUAAUGUUGCAGAAGCCAGAAUUUGAGCCUCCAGUAACAAAAUCUGUUGAUGUCGUGGAAUCUGAUUUAAAAUCAAACAAGACCGAGCAAAGCAUAAAGAAUGCAAACAAGUCAGAAGCAGACAUAAGCAAGGAUAAAAAGAAAGCUGAGGGAAAGUCGACAGGAGAUACUGGACCUACCAAAGCCAAGGCAAAACCUGCUGGCAAAGAUGUUGCUGAGAAAGAGAAUGAAGUUAGUGUCAGUUUGCUUAAUAUUCAAGUUGGAGUAAUUCGCAAAGCGUGGAAGCAUCCCUCUGCAGAUAGUUUGUUAGUUGAGGAGAUAGAUGUUGGUGAGACCAAAUUGCGGCAGGUUGUCAGUGGUUUGGCAAAGUACUUCAGUCCUGAUGAGUUGACGAACCGUCGAGUUGCACUUAUUACAAAUGUCAAACCUGGAAAACUGCGGGAUGUGAUGUCUCAAGGACUGGUUUUAUGUGCUUCGAACGAAGAUCACACCACUGUGGAGCCCUUGCUUCCUCCAGAAGGAGCUAAAAUUGGGGAACAUGUUUCGUUUGCUGGAAUUGAUGGAAAGCCAGAAGAAGUACUUAACCCAAAAAAGAAACAGCUGGAGAAGAUUACACCGCAUCUUUUCACUGAUGACAAUGGUGUGGCCACGUUCAAGGGGAUACCAUUUAUGACUUCUGGUGGACCAUGCACAUCAUCCAUUUCCAGAGCAACUAUUAAGUGAUGAAGAUAUAGCCCAUUUAUUGUUGUUGACCCCUCAGAUUGUUUAGUACCGCAAAAACAAUUUAUGUUUUUAGUGACGUGAAUAAAACGUACCAACAUUUAUGUUGCAGUUGUAACAUGGUCUUAAAUGCUCUACAAACAUGAUCUCGAAUCCAAUGACUUCGAAACUUAAUACACUAAAACGAACUAUAGUAUAAACUUUGAAAGUUAUUUAUUUCUCAA